CACCUCGCAAAGAACCUUUCUCAUUACUCUUCUGUUGCAUUCUUGCCCUCAAGCGUUGGCGACCCAAAGUCGAUGGAUAUGCAUCAUAUUUGUGUCAAGGUUUGGGUGACCCAGCGUGCUGAGCACCACAAUUCUGGGACUAUCCGGAGCAUGUACGUUUAGCAGGGCGUCGACAACUGCAGCCCCGCACAAGCCACGGAGCAUUGGAUAGAACAGCAAGCGACGUGCGUGGAAUGGACUGGUUCGAUUAUGGCGCACUGGAACUGGCUGAAUACGAACGUUACAGACACGAAUCUCUAUUUACCUAUAUAAGCCGCUGCCACUGCUUCCGCUCCCGAAAGCGCCCACCCGCAAGUCUUGGGCGACCUUGCCCUCCCAUGUUGCGCGUGUUAGUUUGAUAUGUAGCUGUUGCGAUGUGUGCAGAUGCACGCUACCAACUUCACGUCCUUCUGGGGCCAUCAGCUGUCAGGUGUGCCGGCGGCGGAGGAGCGCCUGCGAGCUGUGCACAAGCUAGUGUCGGAGUACGCCACCAACCUGAUCGCUCACCUGGCGAGGCGCUUUCCCGACACUGCCUUCCUGUCUGCCCUGGCGCUGUUCGACCCCGCCGAGUACCCUGAGGCUGAGAGCGAUGUACGGACGUGGGCCGAGCCGAAGUGGGCCGCCAUUGCUUCUUACUUCGCAGAGCGGCGGCGGGCAGCUCAGCACACGCAUGCAUGCCACGCUUCACUCGACGUUCAGGAGGCCCAGGACCAGUUUUUCAUCUGGGGAGGUAUGAAGGCUAUGUGGAGCAUGCGGGCGAAGGCCUUGGCAAACCGCGCCGCCUUUGUGCAGUAUUAUGUCAAGCAAAAGGCCAUGCUUGAUGAGCUCCUUUCGGGCGGGGUGAGCAUGCUGGGUGAGGGAGAGGGCCUCGAUGUGCUGCAGGACUUGAGUGAGCCCAGCAGCUCUAGGCCAGUGCACCACGUGGAUGUUGCAUAUCAGGAGUUACUGCGUGAGAAGCGGGGUCUGUGCCCGAUGUUCCUGAAGCUAAUGCUCUUCUGCAUCAUGAUUAAGCCUACCUCUGUCAACUGCGAGCGAGUGUUCUCCUACCGCACGCUACUUAAGACGGACAGGCGGGCGCGUUUGUCUUCUGUCCGGCUGGCACAGUGCCUAUGGCUGAAGUACAACACGUCUGGCGAUUUGGAGGCGGAGAAGAAGAUGCUGACGGCGGCGGUCCGGGAGUACAAGUCGAAGGUGAACCUCCGCUUGUUUAACGACAUUGCAGAGAAGAUUGAGAACCAGAUUCGGCUGCCGCAGUUCUCCCGCAUGCGUGCAGUGUGAUUGGUGUUGUUGUUUUGCUCUUAAGCGUGGUGACUCGGGUGUGGUAGCCAUAACGGAUGCUUUAAUGCGCAGUGCUGCAGCAUGUGGAACUUUAAUGAGCUUAACGAGCAUGCGUGCAUUGAGACUGCUCCAAAGAGCAUUGGUCAUUCCAUAUUCAUUUCAUUCAUCCUAAACGCAUGCGUAGGGGGCUGUCAAGGUCUGACAAUAUAAAAUGUAAAGGGCGUCGAGAGGAGGGGAGGUGUUGCUGAUUGCACGGGUUUCAUGGCGGACUUUUGAGCAGCAUAGCUUGGAUGCCCACGCUGCAGAAUAUUAGGUGUGUUGACGACUUGGUGUCUAGGAUUGGGGUGGACAAUGGUGGGUACUGGGCUACUGGUGCGGACAUGUAAUGCAAUACUGCGGAAUUCAGCAGUAAAGCUAUUCUUGGUGUAUGAGCAAGAAAGCGAAAUUGGCC